AACGGGUGGCUUAGGGUACUUGUCAGCAAAACAACGUUUCCUUCAUCUCGCCCCUGCGAAGCUCUGCAGAAAUUCCAUGCCCAUGGCUACUCACCUUUGCAGUUGCGCCCCACCACCUACCAAAGUUACCAACAGCUCACUGUCUCCUCUACUAAACUAUCAUACUCAUGCACCUAAACAUCUGAGCUUCCUCGUACGGACACCCUCCCACUUUUCGACUCACUCACGGCCGUCUGUUUCAGCUUCUGCUGCUACCACCUCAAUCGAAGUCAAAGACUCAGCGAACUCAGUCAGACCCUCCAAGUCACUGCCUUUCCGUGUGGGCCAUGGGUUUGAUCUCCACCGAUUGGAGCCCGGAUACCCUCUGAUCAUAGGCGGGAUCAAUAUCCCCCAUGAUAGAGGCUGCGAGGCUCAUUCUGAUGGAGACGUGUUACUCCAUUGUGUUGUUGAUGCGAUUUUGGGUGCUUUAGGGCUCCCUGAUAUUGGGCAGAUAUUUCCAGAUUCUGAUCCUAAGUGGAAAGGAGCACCAUCUUCUGUUUUUAUCAAAGAAGCUGUGAGGCUCAUGCAUGAGGCAGGAUAUGAGAUUGGAAACCUGGAUGCCACCUUGAUUCUUCAAAGACCAAAGCUGAGCCCUCACAAGGAGGCUAUCAGAGCCAAUUUGUCUGAGUUGCUGGGAGCAGAUCCAUCAGUCAUCAAUCUGAAAGCAAAAACUCAUGAGAAGGUUGAUAGCCUUGGUGAAAAUCGGAGUAUUGCAGCUCACACGGUUGUCCUUCUGAUGAAGAAGUGAAAUUGUCAAUGUUGUACCAUAUGGAUAUACAAACAGAAACUGAUUAUUUUGGAUGUAAAGAUUAUCUGUGCAAGUAAUCUGUUUCACACAGGUAUAAUAAAAUGAUGGUCUUCGUUGAACAGGUACA